GACAACGGAGUGAGACAGAGAGACCGGAUCACUGUAAAGUGUUGAUACUUGAACUACUUCAUUCUUGGCUUAAAGGCUUCCAAAAAAGAAAAGAAAGAAAUGGGGAUAUCUGUGUUCUUUGUUUUCUGCAGCUUGGCAGGUCAUCUUGCUCAGAGUGAGGUGAUUUUACAGGCAGACCGGCCCUUUCUGCGGGUGGCGGUCUCUGACAAAGCGACCAUUGAAUGCUGCUACAAAGGAGAGGGUGUUGAUUUGACCUGGGAAAAACGCAGCGUUUCCCAUACCAUUCAGAACAUGACGAUGCUGGAGCACAUGAAUAAAGAAUUGAAGAAAGACCAAUACACGGAGAUAAUUUGUGGCAUCCUGACUUUCCAAUCCGUCCAGGAGAAUGACACUGGGCUGUACCAGUGCUCACUGCGUUAUAAAGGCAGCGGAGUCCUGACACAUGGCACCUACUUGCAGGUCUACAGACCUCUGGAGAAGACAAUAAACCUCAGUGAAGCCACCAAAAACACAAUCCUGACAGUUGAAGGCGUUUUGCUGUUACUGAGUGUUAUGAUGCCAUCCAUGGCUCUUCUAUUCAAGUCAAGGAGUCUUAAACGGUUGGAGAUGAAGAAGAUUAAGCAGGAAGAGGAAAACAUAUAUCAGGGGCUGAAUCUUGAUGACUGUUGCACAACAUAUGAUCAGAUUGAACGUUCCAUGGCACAAGGUCCUUACCAAGAUGUGGGCAACAUGAUGGAAGAAAAGGAAGAAAUCCAGCUGGAGAAACCAUAAAUGAAUGGAGAAAGCUGUGUCUAGUCUGAGAGUGUAGGAUGUAGAGCGUGAAAAUCAAGCUUAUUGCUUUACACAAGCUAAUUGUACAUAGCUGACAUCGGGAUUUUUAUCAUUUUAAGUCAGAUUGCAGGAAGUGGUGUUAAAACAGAGCUAUUGAAUCUAUCUUACAAGAAAGUCCAUUUAAUGAAGAGCAUAGCCAGGACUUCAAAUCUUGGCUUAAUUCCAUUGCUUGUAUUAAUUUUACCAGUUAAAAUGUAUCUUAUUUUGUUGAUAAAAAGUUGAUGAAAAAACGAGUCGAAAGAAAAAAAGGUGGAUUUACAAAAUAUUCCAGAUUCUUGUAGCUCUCGAAAAAAAAAAAUCUGGAAAUUGAAAGAAGAGUAAUGAAUAGUGUGUUGCAUUUGCAUGGGCAUUAAGUUGAACGACAAGGGUAUUUUCUUUACCUUUAUAUGUAUAACCUGCUGACAUAAAAAUGUUUGCUAUCUUUUAUUACUUUGAAUGGAAGAAUAAAGCUUUUUUUAAAUAUCAGA